ACAUCCAUCCAUCCAUCCAUCCAUUUUCUGAGCCGCUUAUCCUCACAAGGGUCAUCGGGCAAGAGGCGGGGUACACCCUGAACUGGUUGCCAGCCAAUCGCAGGGCACACACAAACAAACAACCAUUCACACUCACAUUCACACCUAGGGGCAAUUUAGAGACUUCAAUUAACCUAUCAUGGAUGUUUUUGGGAUGUGUGAGGAAACCGCAGUGCCCGGAAAAAACCCACGCAGGCACUGGGAGAACAUGCAAACUCCACACAGGCGGGACCGGGGAUUGAACCCCAGUCCUCAGAACUGUGAAACAGACGCUCUAACCAGUCGUCCACCGUGCCACCGUCACCACGACAUGUGGGAUGGAAAUGAGUAAAGUAAAUCCAUUCGGAGGCACCGCAGGGAACUAACUUCUCAGCUGCUCGGCGGGAGUACCGGAAGAAGUUGGAAGUCGUCCAAAAGCAGAAGUUACACAGGGCGUGAUCUGCAUGCAGAUAUCUUUUGGCUUACACUUGCUGUUACAUUACACAUUAUAGUAUGUUUGAUAUCUCUUUGUGAAUGUAUUUAUGUGAUGUUGUGAUUAGAUAGAUGCUGCUGACGGAUGCCAGCCGUGCCUGAGGUUAUUCUGAGGUGCAGGGUUAGUCCCUAUUUAGCAGGCAUGUGCACUUAGCAAGGCUUUUAAUUCCUGAUCCAGUUACUUAACUGUGAGGGCCCUCACAUGGCUACACGAAGUCCAUGACAGUCAGGUAAUUCAGCCAUAAUCCCUGACAAGUGGACUCUCGCUGCCAUUGAUCACGUUGUCCGUAAACAAACCAGUAUGUAGCCAGAGGAUAGAGCCUCAUCUCACUUGACUCUGCUGUUGGAAGAUGGCCACUGCAGCAGAGGACCCUCACUUGGGUGCAGGCCCUGACGAGGAGGACGGGUCUCCAUCGGGGUGGGACUCGGAAAGCAUCCUGUCAGACGACUCUGUGCUGCCAGACUACACCCCAGAGACAUCUGAUGGGCGAACGGCAUCCACACUGUACCAAGCAUGCGCCCGCAAUGACCUGGGCUCACUGCGGAGGAUUCUGGAAAGAGGAGUGACAAGAGAGGAGGUCAUGGACUUGGACAUCAAUAACUGGAAUGGCUUGAUGGUGGCUUGCUGCAAAGGAUUCAUUGACAUUGUAUAUGGGCUUAACACCUGCCCCUAUAUAAACAUCAAUCAUCAGGACAAUGAAGGCAACACAGCACUGAUGAUUGCAUCCCAAGCAGGUCAUGUCAACACGGUCAUGUACCUCCUAAAUUAUUAUCCUGGAAUAGACACAGAAAUAAAGGACUGCCGAGGCUUCACAGCCCUCAUCAAAGCUGCCAUGACGGGCCGCGAUGACGUGGUUGCUGCGCUUGUUAUGGCCGGGGCUGACAUCCAUGCGACAGACACCACAAGAGGAAAGUGCGCUCAGGACUGGGCGCUAAAAACAGGUCGCUAUGAGACGCUGCAUCGUCUGUGCCGCCUCAAAAUAAGGCCAAAAGCUGAGCAAUUUUGUGAAAGUUACAUCCCGGAGUGGCCAGAACUCAAGGAGAGGGUCGCAAAGGCCAUAGCGGAAAAAAGCACCCGGGAAAAAAUCACCCAUCACAUUAAGAACACGUUUGGAUUCCGGCUUCCUCAUGACCCAGAGGAUAAUGGGGUUUUGGACCAUAUGGUGCGUAUCACCACCAGUAUCCACAGCCCCCUCAUUUCAACUGGGUGUCGUCCACUGUGCCCCACCAGUCCCCCUGAGGUGGGCAAGAGACGCCUCGCUGUACCAGAGCUGAUGAAGAAACACUCUGAGAGGGAACUGGAGGAAAGUUCCGUGUGCCAUAGCAACGGCUCCGUGUCACACAUCAUUCCCUCCAUCCACUCGGCAGAGUCCAUCGCUACAACCUGCUGCGCUGAGACCGAGAGGAGGGGCAGCAUCCUCUCACUGGCCUCCACCAAGGUCGCCUCCAAGUUCAUCCCCCGAAGUAUGGCCAGGAGGAACAGCGUGUUCCCCUCGGGAUGUAUCCCCCAGAUCAAUAUCAACAGAUCCACAGAGGCCACGCCAAAGAAAGAAAAGAAGAAGAAGAAGAAGAAGGCAGAGAAAGGCUACCUGGAACCACCAAAGUGGAGAUAUAAAGAGAUCAAGGAAGAGAAGAAAGAGAAAAAAGAGCGGGAGCGCACAAAGGCCAAAAAAUAACAUUUCCUAAAUCUUUUUAAACCACCUAAAGCAUUUUUAAACCAAAGUUUUUUGUUUUUUUUUAUAAUCACCACUCAGGGCUUCAAAAUAUUUAAACCAAAGAUCUUGGUACGUAUUAUUGAUUAAUGGUAAACUCAAAAAAGAGAUGCAACUACAGUGGAACAGGUACCGGGCCGGAACGUGAAUCAUGAAAAUCCGCAGAUAAUUGACGGCCAUUAUAGUUGCAUUGAGAAAAAAAAAUAAUUCUUGAAUAAGCGGUGAUAAACUGCCAAUGAGCAUUUGCAGGGUUAAUCCCCCCGCCACCCCCCCAAAAAAAACAAUGAGGAAAAACAAUUUAAUUGGAAAUAAAAAAAUUAAAAAUCUGCAAAUAGGUGAAUCCGUGGGCACUGAACCGCAAGUAUGCGGGUAUCCACUCUUCUAACAUUGUUUGAGUUUAACAUGAUACAGUGGAACCUCGGUUUUUGUAUGCCCUAGUUUUUGUACAAUUCGUUUUUUGAGGAUUUUUUUUUAGACAAAAUUUUGGCCCAGUUUUCAUGCAUCGCUUGGUUUUAGUACAGUUCAAAAUGGUUUGAGCCAAACUCAUCCAUCUGCCCGCAUUACUCAGCCACUCAUUUCCUGGAAUCUAGCACCCACACAAAGCAUCUCAUGUGCAUGCGUAACUGAGUGUUUUCUUGUUGAGUAAACAUCACCCCACACAUUCAUCGGAACCACUUAGAAAGUUUUGGGUGCUUAUUUAUUGAGUGUAAUUUUUGCCCUUUGAUGAAGAAGACAAGAAACAGCUUAAAAUUAAAGAAAGAAAUUGUAGCCAAGUAUGAAAAUGGCAGACAGCGCUUCAAAACAAUAACCUCUCCUCAUCCCUCUCCCCUCUUCAACGUCAAGAUUCUUUAGUAAAGGAAAAAGUUAUCUUAAAUGUUACUUUAUCCCUUUCAUUAGUCAUUUAUAUUUAUUUCACAUUGUCUUCUGAAUGUUAAACUAUAGUUAUUCUCCAUAAAAUUUAUUUGUGUUAAUAUUUUUGGAACAUUAAUCUGGAACAGAUUAAUUGGAUGAACAUUAUUUUCUAUGGGAAAUAUUUGCUUCAGUUUUCAUACAAUUGGGUUUUAGUCAAAGUUUUUUGUUAUGGUUUAGUCACAAAACCGAGGUUCCACUGUAAAUCAUUUAAAUCCCGUCUAUGUUAGAGAACAUGACGGUAUAUAUUUUUUCUUUUUCAGGGCUUUGAAACAAUCCAUAAAACUCAUGCGAUUACUACUUCAGUUUCACAGGUGCUAGCCAUCUGUCCACCUCUUGAGUGAAAUGGGUGGGCAAAGUAUGGUUCAAUAAAAUGUAUUUAUUCA